AUGGAGUUUUUCCACAUUCUUCUCUUCCUCUGGGCUUUACAAGCCCCGUUCAGUGUGUCGGCAGAUCGCAAAUUCGGCUGUCUGUUUGAAAAAGCAGUGUGUGAACCCUAUGAAAUCUGUGUCAAUGAUGGCAUGUUUGGCCGGUGCCAGGCCACGCCUGUGUCGGAUCUUUACACGUAUGACGUCACGCCGUCUGUUCUCCAGCGAUUCAGAACAUUGCUGCAGAAGCUCUCUCACAGAGGUUUGACUUGGGAAGAUGAUGUCACCCAGCAGAUUCUAUCUAGGGAAUUCUCCAAACUGCACAAGAUUUCACUCAGACCGCCCGAAUCCAGGCUGAUGACUCAGGAUGUUGCCGUGGGAGACAGGAAACUGAAGCCCUCGGAGGUGGAGCUGAGCAGGAGCCUGCAGAAGUACCUGCAGCUUCUUGGUCUGUUACCCAAGAGUGUCAGUAAGAGUGGCCGCAUGCAGAUGGAUGUUUCUCCAGAAUAUUACCACUCAGCAAAACUGCAGAACAAAGGGAUACCCCCGGAAUUCACUCCCGAAUCCUCUUAUUCUCCCAGCUACCCAGACCUGGCUCAUUACGAGAACCAGAGAGUGUUCUCCCCCUCACAGGGCCCAGACGGUACAGUCCUUCUCAUGGCUGCCCUGCAGCAGUACCUGACUGGGAAGGUACCACUCCCACAGGAAGGUGGGGAAAAAAAAGGGAAAGAGUCCACUGACCCAGUCCGUUAUAGCCCUGCAGCAAAACUAUACCCUCUUCUGGCAAACAGCCUCCCUGGGAAACCUCAGAGGACAAAGUCAGACAGACUCCGCCCACAGAAGCCUGACUCCGCCCAGCCCACGGCUCAGCACCCCCUGACACCUGUGGAUGAGACCUUUAUCCAGAAUGUUCUGCUGAACGUGGGGAAGCACAACGUGGAUGUUGGGUCGCUGAGUCCGGCAGAUCUGGACCAGUUAGCGCGCCUCAUCGCCGACGCGCUGCAGGUGGUGGAACAGGAGCGUUACAGACCCAGCAGCAGAGACCUGCAGCAGGUCGACCCAGAACCGAACCCGGGACCUGACCCGGGGCCUGACCCAGAGGAUGGUGGAGACGAGAAUUACCCGGGAGCCAAUGGAUACGCCGGUGCCCAGGAGCCUGGGGAGAACCAGGAUUAUGUUCUUUUAGAUCAGGGUUUUGGGGAGCAGGAGCCUGGAGGCCAAGGCAUGGAGAGGGCAGAGGAGAGACAGGGAGAUGUAUUUUUGUGUUUUUGUUGUGUGACAGAGAGACAGACAGAAGAGCAGGACAAGAGAGAGGCAAGCGACAAGGAACUGGGUUUGCUGGGGAAACUGUUGGAUUACUUGGACAAAACAUCUCUAUCAGAAUCAACCCCCUCUGAAUGGGCCACGCCCGUGAAGGAGGGGCGUGGCAUUUCUGUGGAAACGGUGAAGAGUAGGACUGUACAGAGGGAGGCGGGGCUGCAGAAGAAGGCGGGCCCUCCGCUUAGAGGUGUGACUGAGGUGGAAGAGGUGGAGGGAUGGGUACAGGCAGUGGAGCCCCCUGCUGCUGCGGUGGUGUAUGUGCAGCCGCAGAAAAACAGCGUCAAAGUUCAAGAGCUUCAACUUGACGUCAAAACCAGUGCAAAGAGUGACAGUGACUACGGCUACAUCAUCACAGACACAGAUUCUCUCCCGACAGAUCAGGGAUUACAGCUGAUGGAGCUGUUAGCACGCAGGGCAAAGAUUCAGUUGACAGAUUUUCUGGAGCUCUAUGUGGAGGGUCCAGCCGUCACUUUCAAGGUGAAGCCAAAUGCUCAGAAUGUGUCCACAGCUGAUGUGGCCAAAGUAGCAGUUGAACAGAAGAAGCUGCUAGAAAAAGAGGCCAGAGUCACCAUCCUGGAAGCAGGAGUGACUGAGAAAAGCAAGCUGGACCAGAUUCGCUCUAAGUACAGUCGUGCUGAGUCCACAAAGUUUCUGAUUCUCACCAUCGUGUCUAUCGUGUGUAUCAUCGGCGUGUUGAUGGCAUCCACAGUCGUGUAUUGCCUGCGUCAUCGCUCACAUCACAAACUCAAAGAGAAACUCACCAAUCUGGGAUCAGAGUCCGCCCCCGAUGCCACUGCCACAUACCAGGAGCUGUGUCGUCAGCGAAUGGCAGUGAAGCCGUCCGUGGACAGGGCGGAGCCUGUUCACUCCUCCCGUAUUAACAGCGUGUCGUCUCAGUUGAGUGACGGGCCGAUCGGCAGUCCCUCUGCCCGCACCAGCGUGUCCUCAUGGAGCGAAGAGCCGGCACACUCCAACAUGGACAUUUCUACUGGACACAUGAUACUGUCGUACAUGGAGGAUCACCUGAAGAAUAAGAAUCGUCUGGAGAAGGAGUGGGAGGCUCUGUGUGCGUACCAGGCUGAGCCAAACGCCACCACCAUCGGCCAGCGAGACCUCAACGCCAAGAAGAACCGAACUAGCACUGUCAUUGCCUAUGAUCACUCUAGAAUUACCCUGCGAGUGGAGAACAGUCAAGGAAACUCUGACUAUAUCAACGCCAGUCCCAUAAUGGAUCAUGAUCCGCGAAACCCUGCCUACAUUGCCACUCAGGGACCCCUGCCCUCUACGGUGGCCGACUUCUGGCAGAUGGUAUGGGAGAGCGGCUGUGUGGUGAUUGUAAUGCUGACACCUCUGACUGAGAAUGGAGUGAAACAGUGCUACCACUACUGGCCAGACGAAGGAUCAAACCUUUACCACAUAUAUGAGGUGAAUCUGGUGUCAGAGCAUGUGUGGUGUGAUGAUUUCCUUGUGAGGAGUUUUUACCUGAAGAACAUGCAGACCAAUGAGACACGGACUGUCACUCAGUUUCACUACCACACCUGGCUGAACUGCGCUGUUCCCGAAUCCAGCCAGUCUCUGCUGGACUUCCGCAGAAAGGUGAACAAAUGCUACCGUGGAAGAUCCUGUCCAAUCAUAGUGCACUGCAGUGACGGGGCAGGGAGAACCGGCACCUAUAUCUUGAUUGACAUGGUUCUGAAUAAAAUGGCAAAAGGUGCAAAAGAGAUUGAUAUUGCUGCCACACUGGAACAUCUGAGAGACCAGAGACCUGGCAUGGUCCAAACAAAGGAGCAGUUUGAGUUUGCUCUGACAGCAGUAGCUGAGGAAGUGAACGCCAUUCUUAAAGCUCUACCCCAGUGA